CUUAGAACUAGUCUACUUUGUAUUAGUGCCUACCUGAUAAGAUCGUGAUGAACUAAAAUAACACACAGCUUGAAGCUAUCACUAACGUAAGCUCGUGACUACACAUAAGAAAGAGAGUAAGUAAGUUUUUACCUGGCGAUUGGAAAAGGUUCCGUGAGUUAUACUGUUCGAAAAAGUAUCCAUGUAUUUUCGGUCGUCUUGCUCGUGUCCUAGGGUGUUGCCUUAUGGCUAUGAAAUGUCAAAAGUGGUGGUGUGGUGCUGGGACUUAAAGUCCAGCGAUGAUGUUACUAAAUUUCAACUUUGUUGUGAAAGCGAU